AUGAGUUCUCCGCGGGUAUCUUCUUCUACUACAAUACCAACUGAUAGUCAGUCAGCCUCUACAGUCGCGUCUACGCCUACCGCCAAUCCGUUGGAUAAUUCGUCUCAUGUGUUUAUAUUAGAUGAAAAUAAACUAUCAGCAGCGGGGAAUCCGGAAAAGCAAGAAAUAUACUUGUUCAAUUGGCUCGCUAACGCAGAAAGAGAACUGCUUAGGGCGAGUAAGCAAAGUCUAAAAACUUCCCAAUCUCAUCUUGAAUCCGCUCUCUUCAAAUGUUUCUCCUUGCCCUCUCCCAAACCACAUCGUCCUAUACGACAACUUCUUGGUAGAUGUUUCGUGUUGAUUUAUACCAACGGAGAUACAAGAAGUUUGUUUGAUACGAUUAUGAAGCUGUGUGGGAUUUGUGGUGGAAGUGGAGGAAAGGGCGAAAGCAAGGGAAGUGGUGGAGAAAAGGAGGUGAGAUUAGCCGCUUUACAUUGUAUUGGAGUAAUAAUGAAUGCUCUCGGUGAUAAGAUGCUGUCUUUGGUUCCGGAAACACUUAUUGUUUGUUUGAAAAUCAUUAAAACUUCAUCUAACCCAUUAAUUCUAAAACUGGAGUCCAUCAACGCAAUAAACCGAAUUUUGGAAGGUUCCGGGAAAGGGGCAAAUGAACAGACAAUAAAAGAUGUUAUGAAGCAGAUGAAGACAGGACUCGGAGAUAAAGCAUUGAUUAUCAGAGUUGCAUCUAUCGAGACCAUUUCGCAUAGCGAUAUUGACCAUUACAUAAUGCAAGUAUUCAAAACUCUUGAUCCGCCUAACCCAACCGUUCGUCGAACUGCCGCAUCGUUUAUUUCAACGCUCCUCGCUCAGACUCAACUAAAUUCAGCCUUUGUGGCGUCUACGUCAACAUUAAAAUCUAAACCAUCCCAAAAACAAGGAAUGCAAGGACAAGCUGAAGAUAAUGAAGGCAUAAGUGUAGGCAAUACGGAAGAAGAUGAAGAACGUGGAGGAAUGUCAGUAGAGGAAAUGCUUAAAUUUCUGUCUGGAUGCUCUAACAAAGAGCUUCCAAUCGCUAGCGUUCACAAUCAGGUUGCAUGGAUUUUGAUAGGUUCUUUAAUGUGUUUGGGUCCUAAUUUUGUAAAACUGCAUCUACCGCAGCUGUUACUGUUAUGGAAAACGGCUCUACCAAAGGUACCGACGAAGGAAGGAUAUACAAAUAGGAGCGAGAUAGAAUGGGCAUUCAUGUUUCAUGUCAGAGAAUGUGUACUAGGAGCGAUAAGCUGUUUCUUAUUACAUAAUGGAAGAUUGGUGACUCCCGACGUAGCCAAACGAUUGACAGCCCUCCUCUCGAAUACGCUGAGUUUCAUCUCUCUGGUGCCUCCUGCUUUUCUUUCUGCAAUGCCAUUAGCGCCCUCUCCCAUACUUCCCCCUUCGCUUUCUUUAUCCGACCGAAUUGAAAUGCUUCAACGUCGCAUACUCCAAUGUUUUCUGGCCAUUAAACCAAUUGCCGCUUACGAUAACUUGUCUUUGCAAUUGUUGAAAAUGUGUUUAUCCAAUUUUGCGGAUCCCGAUAAGAGCACCGGAUCAUCUAUUACAGCAGCCAUCACAAGGGAAAGUAGUUUUGGUGGAGUAUGGACUGUUGGAGAUGGAUCUGGAUACGGUGUAACUAGUAAAUUGAAGGGAAUGGACGUUGAAGUUGGAGUUGUUGAUGGAUUCAUGGAGGACAAGAGAAGUAGAAGGAAAGACUGGUUGAAUAGAGAUAUGGUAGAGAGUGAAGUAGAGAAUUUGCUAGAGAAGCCAGUACUUGGCGCUCCUGAACAUGACUCAUUGAUGAUAUAUACUACCUUCUGGUCUCCCGCUUCGUCUCUACAUAUCCCCAAACCCCAGUCUCCCGCUACAACAGUAGUUGACUGUAGCAUCGAACUUUUCUCUACGCUGUUCCCACUUCAAAACGCAGCAUCCCAACUAUCGUUACUGGAGCAACUAACCAAGUCAGUUCGCAAUCCCAAAUUAGACAAAAUUCCUGGACGUAAAAUGGCUAUACAAGUCAAUGCAGUAGUGUCAAUUUUAGGGGCGUUUACACAUAUAAUGACAUCAUCUAGUAAAAGAACAGACGAAUCCAUGCCGUGUAUAGCAGAUAAGAAAGUGGGAACAAUGGCGAUGGAAUUGCUGCAAGAAACAAUAGUCCACUCUGACCCGUAUCUUCGCAACGUAGCCAGUGAAGCACUCGGCAGACUAGUAAGCAUUGUUGGCGGAUCGCUGAUUCCGGAACAGAUACAAACUCUAGUUGAUCAAGUGGUCAAUAACAGAGAUCCUGAUUCACGAGCCGGUAGUGCACUUGCGCUUGGAAAUAUAUAUAGUCAUGUAGGAGGAAUGGCAGCGGGGAACCAUUUGAAGACGAUAGUUGGAAUAUUGCUCUCACUCAGCAGUGAUCCUCAUCCAGUGGUACAUUUCUGGGCAUUAUAUUCACUCUCGCGGACGAUAGAAUCUGCGGGGUUAAUGUUCUCACAGUAUGUUAGUAGUACUUUGGGUAUAAUUGCAAAACUAUACAUGGCUGAAACACAUGAACCUGGCGGUGGCUCAGUUGGCACCACGAAUGUCGGAUUAGGCUGGUCAGCAUAUCAACAAUUCGGUAAGAUAAUUUACGGGCUUAUCGGCACACUUGGACCUGAACUCCAGCAAAAUAUAAAAAUCCGUGAUUUAUGUCUACGAAUUGUAACCGAGCUAAAGAACGACACCGAGGCUUCCGUUGUUGUUGAAUCUAUUCGAUGCAUUCAGCAUUUUAUCAUGUUCGCUCAACAACACAUUGACCUCCCAUCUUUAAUCUCAUUUCUGCAAUUGCAAUUAUCGAGCAUGCAUCUACCAUUGAAGAAAGUGGCUGUUACCUGCUUGUAUCAGCUAGUACAACGAGAUGCAAAAAAAGUUUUUGAAAUAUCAACAGGUUUGGAUGAUCAACUGUUCUCGUUGCUGGAUACAGAUCCAUCAGUAGAUGGUGUGAGAGAUAUAGUACUUAGUUGGUUGAAGCAAACAGCGAUAAAUAGCCCAUCGACGUGGGUCGAAGUGUGUAGGAAAGUAAUGUCUAAGCAGGGAUCUACGUCUGGUAAUAAUUCUCUUGCCGUAACAACUUUCAAUGCGUCAGAUACGACCAAUGGGGAUUUUUUUGAAAACGAAGAUGAAAAUAUAAACACAUACACAUCUUUCGACAAUGAAACCGAAGACUUUUCUGUUGCCUCUCCGACUCAUUCUUCCUUCCCCACAACCGCAUCUGCAUCCGCAUUUACUUCGUCGACUGUUUCUUCUCGUCCAUCGCACAACACUCCUUCUGAUCAAAUACAUAUUCCACCCCGCUGGCGAACGCAAUUGUUUGUCUUGCAAUGUCUAAGACAAGUGGUUGAGGUUAUACAUUCACAUGGAAUCAGGGAACAUUUUGAUUUGCUUGUUGCACGGGAAGGAAAAGACAAAGACUAUCUCGUGUUGAGAGUAGGCGAAUUAAUUAAAAUGGCCUUUACUGCUUCCACGGCCUUGGUGGGAGAAAUGAGGUUGGAGGGAUUGGAAUUGUUGAGAGAUGUUAUUGAGAAAUUCGCUGCUACCCCCGAUCCUGAUUUCGAAGAAGCUGCAUUAUUAGAACAGUAUCAGGCUCAAAUAGGUGCUGCAUUGACACCCGCCUUUUCUUCGGAUACUUCUCCAGAGAUUCUCUCAGCUGCUGUCAAAGUCUGCGGGGUAUUUGUUGGCAGCGGGAUUGUGAAGGAAUUGUAUAGAAUGGGUAGAAUAUUAAAGUUACUUACGACUGCGUUGGAAAAUUGUAAAGACUCCACUCCAAGGAAAACGUCUCCUUCGGCUCCUCUAUCUCCACAUGCAUCCAUCAUGGUCCGUCUUUCCAUAAUCAAUGCCUGGGCAGAGUUACAAGUUUCGACCCUAAAGCAACCCUACCUAAUCCAGGUUAUUUCUCCAAACUUACCUCUCUUAUGUCCACUCUGGGUUUCAUCUUUAAGAGAUUAUGCGAGAUUGCAGGUUGAGGAAUGGAUCGAGUAUUACAACAAAUCAUGGUUGACCAUACUGGGAGCAGUUGCAAGUCUAAUAGAAAUGGAUAACCCAUUAAUCACCCAAUCGCUCAACAAUGAAACUCCCCCAACUACGCCCCACUCAUCGGCAUUAUCGACAUCCGCAGAAAUACCGACAGAGACCAUAGACAACCCAACUAGUCAAUCUCUGACAUUUCCUAUCCUCUUUGGUUUAUGCAUACAAUCCCUUUCGUCUUCCCAAACCUCGCCCAAGAUCCUCCGAGUCUGCCUUGACUCAUUGGCAUCCAUAUUGAAGCCUUCUUGUGUUGGGGAAUCUUUUUUGGAAAAGGCUGUGUUCCUAGAAAUGCUUAGUUUGUUCGAUAAAUUGGUAAUCGUGGAAGGUAUUCAGGUGCAGUUUAGGGUAUUGAACAUCAUUAAGAAUGUGACAAGAGACUUUGGAAAGUGGUGUUGUAAUGACUUGGAUACUGGGAGUUUCGAUUCCAUUUCCGCCGCUAUACCGCCCACUUCCACAUCCACAUCCCUCUUCGAUGGGUUGUUGGGAGAGCAUCGUGGAACAACGGCGGUUGAUGACAAUAAGAGCGAUGAGAAUACCCCAACAGGAAACGUUCUGCCUGUGGUUUUGUUCGUAUAUGUUUCGAUGGUAACUCACAAGGACUUUCAAGCUGAUCUUGUUCCACACGUUCUUGUUAAUCUGAAAUUAACACUCGAGAGUAUUGGUGGCUGUGAACUCGUUGAUAAAGAUUUGCUGGAAAGAGUUAUCGUAGUAACCGUAGAGGCUCUCUCGUCACGUGUUUAUGAUGCUCUCGGUGCUGGAACGGAUAAACUACCUGAAGAAGGAUGUUUGGUUGUUAAACACUGUUUAUUGUCAGUCACGCUGGUUCUUACAACUUGUACGAAAGUCACCAUUCAUAGUCGAUUGUUGGAACAGUACGCUGGAAUACUAAAGAUGUGUUACUAUUCACCUCAGCCGAUGAUCGCCACAACAGCAUUCCAUUGUACUCGCACGCUUUUCUUAUUCGCAAAAAGGACCGUUUCUUCGUCACCUCCCUCAUUGGCUCAAACCUUCACAAGGUUGUUGAUUCCUCAGAUCAUAGAAUAUGUCAAAAGUGUCAAUGAGAAAAAGAAAAGUUCGAGAGAUGGUGAUAUAGAUGUGAAUGUGGUGGAGGAAGCACUUAAAAGUCUAUCGAGUGUUGCCAUGGUAGUUACUGAUGCUCAACCGAACAUAUUCGAUGACUUGGAUUUAUCCGAUGAAAGUGUAGGGGAAAACACCGAGUGUAGUGAAGCCUCUGUUUCGACACGGACGACGCUAGUAGAACAAGAAACCUGGAACUUCCAUUUUACGGAGGAAGUAUCAGUUGGUCGAGAAAAUACCAAGCAACAUUGCAAUUGCGUCGCUUGCGAACGAGCAGUCACACCGUCACUCAGAACGGAUUUUGACAACAUACGGCAAGUCUUUAUGUCUGAAAAGUUACUUCGACAAGCAGCAAUGUUUGCUGGAACAAGAACAAUAAGAGACAAGAUUGAAGACUAUUUCCAUGCUACAUGGGCUCAUCCUCUCCAUCUUGGGAUACCAAUAGUCGAAUCCGUUUCAUUCAUGAGUAAUGAUAAGCAAUUGUGUGAGAGAUUCGACGAAUAUCUGUAUGAAUUGGCUCUUGACAACAUUGAGCCAAACAUAAAACCAUUGUGGCAUGGUACAAAUGUUAAAUGUUUGCUCGGGAACGAGCCGUGUAAUUCAGAAUCGGAUGACACCUGUGCCUCGUGUAAUAUUUUACAAAAGGGGUUUGAUUUGAGUAAAAGUGGCAGUGCACAUCCAUAUAGAAGAUUUGGAUCCGGGAUAUACUUUGCUCUUAAUUCGUCUAAAGCACAUAGUUAUGCAAAUUCCCGAAACCACCACAACGCAUAUACAAUACUAUUCUGUUGGGUAGCACUUGGCCGCGUUUUCCCAACGUCAGAAGAUCUUCCUCAUUUGAUCGAACCUCCGUUUCCAUGCCAUUCGGUACAUGGUACGGUAGGACCUCGAUUGAACUAUGAGGAGUAUGUGAUUUAUAGAACGGAAGCUGCCGUCCCGUUCGCGGCCGUGACAUAUAAAGUAAAGGACAGCAUUUAA